GAGUUUGAGGAGUGAAGUGCGCUGAGCUCCAGCCGCAGAGUGGAGCAGUGCUUCCUCUUUAUGUUGAGUCACUGGGGGAGUGAGAGAGGAGGAAGAGGAGAGAGAGAAAGAAAGCGAGAGAAAGAGAGAACGAGAGAGAGAGGUUGGUCUCUCACUUAAACAAAACAGCAGAAGAUCCGCGGACAUAAACAAAUGCACGCAGGCUCCGUCCCUCCACCUGCCGCGCGAGACACUUUGAUGGUCGCAGUAGGUUAAAUUAACCGGAUUACCGAGACGGACGCGAUCUCCGCUCUGUUUCAUUUUAACGCGGACUUGCGACGAUAUCUAUGCAUUAUUUAGACUGAAAUAAGCCAAAAAAAUAAAAAAAAAUGACGGAGCUGAGACGGCGAGGAGGAGGAGAUCCUGACAGCACUGAAAACAUCAGUGACAAGGAGGCAGAUGGAGAUGACAGGCUUGCUUUCCCCGGUGAAGGGGAAGGAGAAAUGGAGGGCGACUCCAAAGCGGACACACCAGACGUGCCACCUUCCACAGAUAACACUCCACAGUGUCUCAACAAAACCCCUAGAGAUAUUGCAACCAAGUGGAAAAACUGGUGGAUAAGAGGCAUAUUAUCAUUGACAAUGAUCAUCGGCUUCUUCCUCAUCAUCUAUUUGGGACCCAUUAUGCUUAUAUUAGUGGUUAUGGGUGUUCAAAUCAAGUGUUUUCAUGAAAUUAUAACCAUUGGCUACAGAGUUUACCGUUCCUAUGAACUGCCGUGGUUUAGGACUCUUAGCUGGUACUUCUUGAUUUGUGUGAACUACUUCUUUUAUGGAGAGACAGUGGCUGAUUAUUUCGGUGCACUUGUCCAAAGGGAGGAACCUCUGCAGUUUCUUGUGCGUUAUCAUCGGUUUAUUUCUUUUGCACUGUAUUUGGCAGGUUUCUGCAUGUUUGUACUGAGUUUAGUGAAGAAACAUUACCGCCUGCAGUUUUAUAUGUUUGCUUGGACCCAUGUGACCUUGUUGAUUGUGGUAACUCAGUCACAUCUGGUUAUUCAGAACCUGUUUGAGGGAAUGAUCUGGUUUAUUGUUCCCAUCUCUAUUGUAAUCUGUAAUGACAUCAUGGCCUAUCUGUUUGGCUUCUUUUUUGGAAGAACUCCACUGAUUAAGCUCUCCCCAAAAAAGACCUGGGAAGGAUUCAUUGGGGGAUUCUUUGCCACAGUGGUCUUCAGUUUCUUUUUUGCGUACCUGCUAUCCCAGUACCAGUACUUUGUUUGUCCAGUGGAAUACAACAGUGAGACAAACCGUUUUGCGGUGGAGUGUGAGCCCUCAAAUCUCUUCAUGAUACAGGAAUACACACUUCCUGCAGUGGUGCAGAAUGCAGUUAGAUGGAAAACGGUGAACCUUUACCCAUUUCAGAUCCACAGUAUUGCGCUCUCUACGUUCGCCUCUCUGAUCGGACCAUUUGGUGGAUUCUUUGCCAGUGGCUUCAAACGAGCUUUCAAGAUCAAAGACUUUGCGGACACCAUUCCUGGUCAUGGUGGUAUAAUGGAUCGUUUUGACUGUCAGUAUCUGAUGGCAACGUUCGUUCAUGUUUACAUUGCAAGUUUUAUCAGGGGGCCGAACCCCAGUAAGGUUUUACAGCAGUUGCUUGUUCUGCAACCAGAGCAGCAACUCAGCAUCUUCAAUACACUGCGCAACCACUUACGAGAACAGGGCAUGCUGCCCCCUGCUGUGGAGGAAGCCCAAUGACAGACGUCCCCACCUCAGCAGACAAAACCAGCUCAUGUCCUGUUGAACUCUCUUAGCAUUCACACAUGACUGUGACGGCACGAGCACACUCCCAACCGACCACAGGAGCUCCCGUUCAGUGAGAGAGAGAGUGAUGCCUGCUGCAAACCAAACUCUCACUUUUAACCCAUUAGAAACUCACCAAAUGAAGGAGGAAAAUGACGCAAAAUUCUCUUAAUCAGAGCCACUGUCUGGGAAAUCAACAUCAAAGGUCUUCCAAGCAACAAACAUGCAAAACAAAAGAUCCAAGCACAUGGUAAGUGAAUGUAUAGCACUUUAGGAAGGGGGCUUCAGCGGAGUGACAUCAUUGCACUGAUAAUGUUAUUCUGAUUUUGUGACUUGCUUUGCGAACUUUUGCGGUUUUUGAGAUGCCAUAAUUCUCACGGUUAACAUUUUAAUGUUAGCUUAAUUUAUAACGGGGGUUCUGAACUCAAAGCAUUACAAAACAAUGAGUCUAAAACAGAAGCAUGUCUGUAAGUCUUAUUGUUACUGCUUAAAAUAGCCAUGUUCUCUUUCCCUUUCUCAUUACUCAGUGUGUUAGCGUGAGCGCUAGAAUAACUCACUUGUGUGUACAUAUCAUCAUAUGUAUUGUUGUACAUGGAUAUUAUACACUAGAUCAUAUAUAAAGAUUAUACAUUUAUUAAAAUAAUAUAUAUGGUUUAACAAAUUCUAUAUAAUAGGAAGUUGUGAUAAUGAUAUGCAAAAGACUUGUCUUAUUUUCUUAAAUCCAGCAUGACUAAACCUCGCUAGGGGUGGAGAAUAACUUGAGUGGAUUGUUUUUGAGAAGGUGAUUUGCUGUGUUCCCCUCCGUGACCAUUGGUUUUAGGUGCACUGUAACUACACGAGUCGAAAGAUUUAAUUAGCUUUUUAGGUUUUAAUAUAAAAAAACACUGGUGCUUUAAGUAGAUAGCCAAUAUUUGAAAACAUGUUAAAAUGUUCUUAGAUUUACACAUUGUUUAUGUGCUUUUCAUUUUUUUUUGUUUAUGUUUAUAGUAUCCUCCCUGCAAUAUUGUUUUUAGCUGCAUUUUAAUUUGUUGAAAUCUUUCUUAAUUCUUUACCAAACAAAUGUGUACCAAAGCACUGACAAUUUUGCUGUAAAAAAAAAAAAUACUAAAACAAAUGUUAAACCACGAUUAAUAUUGUCAAAUGCUACAAUCUUACAGUAGAGAACAAUAAAAUCCUAUGAGAUUGAAUAAUUUAGAUAUUUAUUGUAAUGAAAGACACUUACAUGAGCUAAAGGAACAUUACUACAGGUAACCAUCAGACAUUUUUAAGGCGUUAAAAGAAGUGGAUUUGUAAUAACCUGUGACCUUUGUCCUAAUUGCACAUCGGGACUCAGUAGUGUAGUUUGGGACCAGUUGUCAAUAGUUGUACAAAAAACGCAGUAAGUGUGACCCCCAUACCUUAUUCAUUCAUGUCUGCAAUAGGUUUACAUGUUCUUUCCUUCACAUCUGCUGUCAGUAGAUGCAGUCGUGUGAGAAUGUUGUGUUUUUAAGUAAUAUGAAUCCUAUCAGACCAAAAAGAGAAUGCACCUCCAGCUGUCUACAGCUGAUUUUGUGGAUGUCACAAUUAAUUACAUUUUUUUUUUUGAGAGCUGCUGUACAACCCAGCAUAUAAUAUUGUGCAAGCUUAUACUGUUCAGAAAUUUAGCUGAAAAUAAGUUUCAAAAUUGUUUUAAAGUAGGAACCUUUAUUUAUGUCUAUGUUUGAUUUUCAGAUUUUCUUUUUUUUUUUUUUUUUUUUUUUUGAGUUUUCAUUAGUAAAUAUUUACCAGAAGACAAAAAAGUAACAAGUUAUGGGCAAUACUGAGGAAAAAAAAAUUAAGAAUUAUUAUUAUUGCAAUGCUACACUUGGUGAAUAAACUUCACUUUUGACUUAC